GGUGCAGCUCUCUCCUUGAAUGGAAAGCAGCCACGUCAUGUGACGCAGCGAGCUGCCAACAACGCAAGCAGCAUCACCAGGAAAAUGGAGGCAGGUCAGGCAUAGAGGAGCAGCUCCAGCAUCACACGACAGCAUGAUGCUUUUGAAAUAUUAAACAGCGUUAAGACCAUGAGAUUUCAUGCUAGCGUGGAGUAAGAACUCGCAGAAUCAGAAAGCAGCCAGAAACCUUGUACGUCUCACGCAGCAGGCCACUUCCUGCGGAGGGUGACAUGGACUCUUCCUGCGCCCUGAACGAGGGGAGGACUUCUCCCCCAAACUCUCUCCUCAUUGGUGGAGCCGGAGGGGGCGGAGCUCACCGGAAGCGUCGCACGCUGGUGGCCCCGGAUAUGAACUUGUCGUUGGACCAGAGCGAAGGGUCCUUGCUCUCCGAUGACUUCCUGGAUACGCCUGAUGAUCUGGAUAUUAACGUGGAUGAUAUCGAGACGCCCGAUGAGACAGAUUCACUUGAGUUCAUUACCAACGGCAACGACCUGGAGUGGGAGGAUGACACACCCGUCGCCUCGGCCAAAGCGUCCCCUGCUGACAGCGACGCUGAUGGAGAAGGUGUGGACGGGACGGGUGUCAACGGGCGUUUAUGGAGGACCGUGAUCAUCGGCGAACAGGAACAUCGGAUCGAUAUGCAGGUCAUACGACCCUAUCUGCAUGUCAUAUCACAUGGAGGCUACUAUGGCGAGGGCUUGAAUGCCAUCAUUGUGUUCACGGCGUGUUACCUUCCUGACAGCAGCUGCCCAGAUUACCAUUACCUGAUGGAAAACCUCUUCCUGUAUGUGGUGAGCAGUCUGGAGAUGCUGGUGGCGGAGGAUUACCUGAUCAUAUACAUGAACGGAGGAACGCCGCGGAGCAAGAUGCCCGGCAUUAGCUGGCUCAAGAAGUGCUAUCAGAUGAUCGACAGAAGACUGAGGAAAAACCUGAAAUCUCUGAUCAUCACUCAUCCGUCCUGGUUCAUCCGGACAGUCAUUGCAAUUUCCAAACCCUUCAUCAGUGUGAAGUUCAUGAAUAAGAUCCAUUAUGUGCACAGUCUGGAAGAGCUGGAAAAGAUUGUUCCUAUGGAUCAUAUCCAGAUCCCAGAGUGUGUCUUACAAUUUGAAGAGGAAAGAAUGAACGCUAGAAAAGAGAGAAUGGAGCAGGAACAGAAAGAGCAGCAGCAUCAAGAACAGUAACAGAAGCCCGUCAAUCCAGAGAGGACGACAGCGAUUGAAGAGCCUGGACUGUGAGCGGACGAACUUGAAUAUUUUUGUUGCUGACCUUGGACCAUUUUUCAUAUUCCCAAAUUAUAUAUUAAUACACACAUCAGAUGACUCGAAACUGGUCUCAGAUCAGCAACAAAGCGGAAACAUUGGCGGGUGAGAAGGCCAGCUGCUCUCGCUUUCGUCCUCAAAGGCACAAUUUUAAAAAAGCAUUUCGAAAUCCACCAACAGAUGGCUCUACGCACAGAGAAACGUCGCUAUUUGGUAGCAGGAUGUACCAUCGUGCACUGUGGCCUCUUUGCUGUUAUCGCUUUUUUAAAUAGGCUGUUCCCUGCUUGCUGACCCUGGAGAAUGUCAUGUGACCUGCCGCUCAGGAUUCGAUUGCUGGUGCAUGUCGAUUUCCAAGCAUCUCUGUGCUUCUCUGUGUGUAUGCGCCCAAAAAUCGAAUGUAACUUUCUUCCAUUUCGCUGAUUAUGUUUGCCUGGAAUGCUUUCUUGGAUGUUUUUGAAUGUCUUAACCCCUUCCAUCUUGUUUAACAACCAGCUUUUGUAAACGAUAAGUGCCAGUCAUCUCUGAAAACAUUUUGACAUUAGCUGUACUUUUAUGUCGCCUUAUGUUUGCUGUGAAAAUGGUUCCAAAUUAAACAUUCUGCUAUAUGUAUGACUACAA